CAUGGCGAGCUGCGCGGGGCUGGCGCUGUGCGGGCAGGCGCUGGUGGUGCGGGGCGGCAGCCGGUUCCUGGCCACCUCCACCGCGAGCAGGUGCGGAUCCCGGAGUCCUGUCCCGGGCAGCGUCGGCGCCUCCGCCUUCUCCCGGACGCGGCCUCUGGGCUCGAAGCCGGAAACCCAGCUCUCUUCGUUUUCCCCGAAAACUCACUCAAACUUGCGUGACGAUGACGUCCCCUUCACAUACGAUUGCAGUACUGCAGAGAAGAAGUCACAGGAGAAUAAAGGGGAGGACGGGCAGCCCGUGGAGAAGGGGAGUGACACGAUCCUGGCGUCCGCCUUCUCCAAGUCUGGCAGCUAUUUUGCUUUAACUGAUGACAGUAAGCGUCUGAUUCUUUUCCGUACAAAACCAUGGCAAUGUCUGAGUGUCAGGACCGUGGUGAGGAGAUGCACGGCCUUGACCUUCACGGCGUCGGAGGAGAAGCUUUUGGUGGCCGACAAGUCUGGGGACGUGUAUUCCUUUUCGGUGUCUGACCCACAGGGAUGUGGCAAGCUUGAGCUUGGGCACCUGUCGAUGUUGCUGGAUGUGGCCGUGAGUCCCGACGACCGCUAUGUCCUCACCGCCGACCGGGACGAGAAGAUCCGGGUCAGUUGGGCCGCGGCGCCGCACAGCAUCGAGUCCUUCUGCCUCGGGCAUGCAGAGUUCGUGAGCCGCAUCCUUGUGGUGCCCGACCACCCCGAGCUGCUGCUGUCCUCCUCCGGGGACCGCACCCUGAGGCUCUGGGAGUACCGAAGCGGCCGAGAGCUGCACUGCUGUCCCCUGACCAGCCUGCGGGAACCGGCCGAGCCGUGGGGUGACAAGAGGUCCGCGGCAUCCAGGAUCGCGUACUGGGGCCAGGAGAGCUGCGUGGCCCUGCUCUGUGACAGCAUUCCCGUGGUCUACAUCUUCCAGCUCGACGCCCGCAGACAGCAGCUGGCUUACAGACAGCAGCUGGCUUUCCAGCACAGAGUGUGGGACGUUGCUUUCGAGGAGGGCCAGGGACUGUGGGUCCUGCAAGACUGCCGGGAGGCCCCCCUUGUGCUCUGCAGGCCCGUGGACGGCCGGUGGCAGGCUGUUCCCGAAAACACCGCCUUAAAGAAGGUCUCUGCCCAUCUUCAGGGGAACUGGGCCAUGUUGGAAGGCGUGGCUGGCGUGGACGCGGGCUUCAGUGGUCUCUACAAGGCCACCUUUGACAACGUGGCCGCCUACCUGAGGAAGAAGGAGGAGAGGCUGCAGAAGCGGCGGCAGAACCCGCCCCCGGGGCCCAACGGGCAGGCCAAGAAGAUGAAGCCAGAGGAGGCGUCCCUGAGGUGCUCGUCCUAGCUGCCCCGGCUCGGCGCGCCCCCUCCCUGCCGGCGGCUCCUCUAGGAAGCAAAGGGGCGGCGGCGUUCCCGACCCACACUAGGUGACAGUCCGCUCUGCACCAGCUCGGCACACGUGGGCCGUCCCGAACUGGAGGUGUCCUGGGCUCUAGAAUGUUCUGCCGCCGUGCCGAGGUUCCCCUGCCUGGAGUCUCGGGCACCCCUGGCUGAAGGGAAGCUGUGCCGCGGUGCCCCUUCUGGAGAGACUGUGCGCGGCGUCGUGCCCUGCCGCGCUGCUGCUUCCUGUCGGAGGCGCUCGGACGCGCGGUGCGGCGGCAGCGAUGUGGUGCUCGUCCAGGGACGCCGGAUGCGUUUGCCUCUGGGGGGUCCACGCGUCAGCCGUGUUUGCAGUAGCGCGAUGGACAGUCUGCCCCGUGUCUCCCUCUCGACGGUGCCCCUGCUGCCCGGCACAGGGGCCGCUGGCCUCGAGGGGGUGGAGGACCCCGGUCCUCCGUCGGCACCUGUGUUGUGUGCCCGCGUGGUGCCCGCUCAGGGAGCACAGCUGCCGCCGUGUCGCGGGCUCCCUGGGAACACCGGGCACGGACUCGGCCGCUCUCGGGCUGUGUGAGGACCCAGGAGCCCCGGCGGGGACCGUUCUCCAGGGAAACGGUGGAGGCUGUCUCACGUGUGUGUGUUUCCCCGUGAGCUCUGCGCACGCUACACACAGACCGAGGGUAUCCGCUGAUUCUAAUCACCGAUCAAUAACAAUGAGCUUUUUGCGGCUUCUGGAAACGUGUAGCAGCCACGUGUGGAACUGAUUUCCAGAGACACUGAGCAAAACCACUUUCGAUGUGUGUACGGUUUGCGGCUGAAACGCUGGCCCCCCUGACGCGAAGCAUUUGGGUGGUCGGGCUCUGUGGACGCGGCUGCUGCUUUGCAUACCGAGCUUUUAGCCACUUCCCAGGGCUUGCUCUCAGCUACGGGAGAAUCGUGUGUGUCCGAGAGGGGGCUUUUGGGAUACUAGAAACAGGUGGUUCUGUGUGUCAGAAGCUGGAACGCUUCAGCUUUUCCCCAAGUGCCUUGCUUUGCUCCGUCCGCUGAUGCCGGGACAGUGCUGCGUGGGAACUGCUCGAGGCCCCUUCCCACAGGGGCAGGAGUAUUUUGUUCCAGGGGCAGAGGGCUCAUGCCUGGGACAUGGGGGGCCUGGGGCCGGGGUCCUCCUGGAGGAACCUCGUUAGCACUGCACUGGGGUGCAGGCGCUGUUCUCACAGACAAUCUGCUUUGGGAUUUGGGGUUUUAGAAGAAAUUUGCUGCUGCCUGUUUUUGUAGGACCCGGAGCUCGGAAUGGCUCUUACAUGUUUAUGUGGUUGAAGACAAGAAAAAUAGUAUUUCACGGUGUGUGAAAAUCACAUGCAGUUCGGAUUCCAGCUUUCUUAAAUACCAUUUUACUGGGACACAGCCGGCCUGCGCGUUCGGUGCCGUCUCCGCCGGUGUCGGCUCGAGCAGCAGAGCAGCCCAUUGCCCGGAUGCCAAAUGGCUGGCAGAGUCCGAGGUAUUUGUGAUCCAGCUCUCACGGACGACUUUGUCGAUGCUGCUUUAAAAUCCCUUUUAAAUCUGUGUAGUUUUAAAGCGAGCUGGUUCAUUUUUUAAGAAACGGAACAAAUCCUAGUCCUCUG